CCCAUUGCCGUCGGGGCCGCGCCCAGCAGAUCGAUCCGGACACAGAUAAAAUCUCAUUCCCGCAGAGCGAUCGCUCCCUCCUGCCGCGGCUGCUUCGCUUCUCCCUUCUUUGCAGCUACGGUACGAUGCGGUGAAAUAAAUCAUACCGCCGCGAGAAAUUUCCCAAGAAACGCAGGCAGAGAAACAGAGCUCGAGUGGUGAGUAGUGAGACGACGGGGAGAUGGCGGAGUGCAGAGUCGGAGGCGGCGGCGGAGACGGCUUGAUUAAGCUGUUCGGGAAGACCAUCCCCGUGCCGGAGGCCGCCGCCGCCGUGGGCGAGGCUGAUAAGGACAUACAACAAAGUGGCAGCAGCACGACUGAACUGAAGGGACAAGAGAACACCCUUCAGGACUCCACGGGCUCACCUCCGCAGCAGGAGGUUGCGGACACUGAAGAUUCAUCAGCUACCAAGAAGUCAUCAGGAGACCAGCAGCAGGGCGAGACGACCAACCAGAAGGAGAAGCUGAAGAAGCCUGACAAGAUCCUGCCGUGCCCCCGGUGCAACAGUAUGGACACCAAGUUCUGCUACUACAACAACUACAACAUCAACCAGCCACGCCAUUUCUGCAAGAACUGCCAGAGGUACUGGACGGCUGGCGGCGCCAUGCGCAACGUGCCUGUGGGUGCAGGGCGGCGCAAGAGCAAGAGUGCAUCGGCCACUUCCCACUUCCUUCAGAGGGUCAGGGCUGCUCUGCCCAUUGAUGCUCUCUGUGCAGCAGCCAAGACUAAUGGCACAGUGCUCAGCUUUGGCUCCGACAUGUCCUCCUUGGACCUCACAGAACAGAUGAAGCACCUAAAGGAGAAACUUGUCCCAAUAACACGGAUCAAGAGCAGCGAUGACCGGUCAGCUGGUUCUUGCACUGAAGGAUCUGCAAAGGUAGAAGACUCGAACCAAAAGGAGAAAGUUACAGCAGAUAAAUCUGCAAAUGUUGUUCCACAUCCAUGCAUGAACGGGGUAACCAUGUGGCCAUUUAGCUGCGCACCACCACCUGCCUGUUACACCUCGGGCAUCGCAAUUCCGUUCUACCCGGCCGCUGCUGCUUACUGGGGUUGUAUGGUUCCAGGAGCUUGGAACACCCCAUGGCCGCCUCACUCCCAGUCUGAGUCUGCUUCACCGCUUAGCACUGCUUCUCCAGCAUCCACAAAGUCCAAUUGCUUCACGCCAGGAAAACGCUCUAGAGACUGUGAUGAGGAAGGAGAUACCAAAGGACAUGGCAAGGUGUGGGUGCCAAAGACAAUCCGGAUCGAUGAUGCAGAUGAGGUGGCCAGGAGUUCCAUCUUGUCUCUAAUUGGAAUCAAUGGCGACAAGGCGGGCAAAGAUGGCAGAGGGUGCAAGCUUGCAAAAGUUUUUGAGCAGCAGAAGGAAGAGGCAAAGACAGCAACUCACGCAGUCAUCAACAGCUUGCCAUUCUUGCAGGGGAACCCAGCUGCGCUCUCACGCUCACUGACCUUCCAGGAGGGAUCUUAAGUAUCACCUUAAGCCUCAAUGAUAUAAAGACCGACCAUUUAUCAUGGUACAGCUGAAAUUUUGUACAUUAGAGGAUUGUAAACUAGGUAUGGGCAAUGGAGUGUAUGACAUAGCUCGUAGCUGCAAAUGGACCUUGUAACAACAAUAGAUAUUUGUAGAUAGCUAUAUGGGUUGGGGACGGAUAGAGAGAGCAAGUUCUCUUAUUUGUGGAUAAAUAAUAUAAUAAUUUUGGUUACAAACUUGUCCUUCA